AUGGCGCCGCUGCAGUGGGCUGCUGUGAUGGUCUGGUUUCCUCAGGCGCUUGGUCUCCGCGUGAUCGUGGCAGGGCUCGGGCGGACGGGUACCAUGAGCAUGCUGACGGCCUUGCAAAGACUGGGUUACAAGCCUUACCAUCUGAAGAGUGUGAUGCUGAAUCGCUCUCAUGCCUCCGCCUGGCGUGCCGUGGCAGAACAUCACAUGGAGGCAGCAGAGGUCAUUGAGAUGAUUCAUCACGACGGCUUUGAUGCCACCAUGGACAACCCCAUGUGUGAGCUUGUGGAGUUGCAACUGCGGCUGUUCCCUGAAGCCAAGGUGAUCCUCACCACUCAUCCGCGAGGUGCCAAGGGCUGGGCCAAGAGCUUCAUACAGUUGAUGCAGGUGGUGCGACUGCAGGUGGCCAACUUUUCACUGACAUAUCCAAACAUCCUCCAGUUCGUCCCGGUGCUGCGGGAUUUAACGGCCAUGCGAUGCCUCAUGGGCCAAGAAACCAUGGGUUUGCGCCCCUGCGAGCUCAUUUACGAAAGCAUCGAGAAGCAGCAAGCGAUGCCUGGAUGGCUGGAAGAGCAAUAUGAGAAGCACAAUGCGUACGUGCGGGCCAAAGUGCCUAAGGAGAAACUGCUUGAGUUUAGUGUGCAGGAUGGCUGGGAACCGCUAUGCCAGUUCUUGGGAGUUCCGGUGCCCAGCAUGGCCUUCCCACACGUGAAUGACAGCGCGUCCAUGCAACGAGUGGGGCUGGUCCUGCAGGUGAUUGUCUAUGGCUGGGCCCCUGCAGUGCUGCUAGUGCUACUGAUGAUAUGGUGGUGCUGCACUGGCAGGAAGUCCACAAGAGACAAGAAGGAUUGA